AUGGACGUGGCGAACCAGGUGCGCGUGGUGUUCACGGAGCGGGAUAGGCUGCCGCCGCUCGCCAUGGUGGACCAGAGCGUGCCCGAUAGGCUCUUCUGGCUCGCACUCGAAAGGGGCAUUAUAGUCCGCGGCUGUCCCUGGUCGGCGGAGUCGGUGCGCGAGGAUAUGCGGCGGCACUGCGAGGCCUGGUGCCGUAGAGUUGUCGACUACGACGAGCACCUGGAUUCGUCUCGACUCCCGGAAGACCGGCGCGCCAUAGGUCACUACCGGCAGAUCGAGGCCGUCUACGCCGCCAGGGCUGCGGCGGCGGCGAGGGUGGCUACGGAGGCAUCGGCGGCCGUCGACGCGGCCGAUGCGCGUUAUAGGGCCAGGGGUGACGCGUGGGAUUCCGAUGGCACCGAGUAG